GCGGUUUUGUUUUGGCGCGUGAAUUUUUCGACAUGUUGGAGGACAAAAACAUCGCUCUAGACGUCCCCUGCGACGUCAACCCAGCCCUGGAGCUGUCGUUGCCGUUGAAGCUGUGCAGCGGUUGCGAGUCAAGCGGGGCAGCGGCGGAGGGCGGUGAUCUGGGUUCUGGUCCCGCCACUCAGCUGCACYGUGGSGAGAGCCGAGGUCAGUUYGACGACAGCGAGGAUGAGGGGACUGGUCCAGCGCUGAGUGACACGAGGCGGUCUGUGUUGUCUUUUCCUGGGGUUCAGACUGAUGCUCCGRUUCAGCGRAAGAGUACGGGGCCUGCAGUACAGGUGGCRGCCUAUUCGGAGGUCGACUUGGAGGCGAGCGAGGGACAGGGUGUGGAGGAGGUGGACGCGGGAGGCCUGGGCUCGCAAGGAGCUCCGCAAAAGAGGAGGGGGGAUCGUCCAGACGAGUUCGCCGGUUCUACGAAGAAGUUAAAGAGCAAGGCCCCCAGGACUGCGAUGGAGAAACGCAAGGGGACCGAGGGGGAGCAGGGCCGGCAGGUUGCCAAACGACCGUCUUCGAGACAGAAGCAGCCUGAGUCUAGACCGUCUUCUCCACCGACAACAGGGAUUCCCAUCGACGUCGACGCCGGGUACUUCCUCGAGUACAAAGACGGCGUUCGGACAAAGCGGGAGUUUGACAUUAGCCCUGCGCAGGUCGUGGACCUCGGGGACUGGGAGGACCUGUACAACGAGCGGUCCCUGGAUCCCGUGCUCGUGGAAGGGAUCAAAGAAGCGAUGUGGUUGGCUUUCGAAAACAAAGCGCAGUCUUACGAUUUACCAACCCUGAAACUGGCGCCGUUGGGGCUUGAUAAACCGACUCCGGGGACCAAGGCAGAACGUCUGAGACCGGAGGAUUGGAGGGAUGAGCUGGCGGGACAAUACUACUACUACGCGGUCCGGAAGUGGCGUGAAUUCUGUAAUGUCGCACUCAACAUGACACCGCACAACAACUUGUGGAUUCUCGCAGAUCAGCAGGGCGAGGAGGCCAUCAGGAAACAAGGCACUGCCCUGCGUUCCUAUUUCCCGUUGGCGAUGGCAGGGGAGAACGUCUGGAAACAGGCCGUCGACUUUUUCGAGAAAUGGGAGACAGGCAGAUUGCUCGGACACGACGGCGCAAAGUGGAUCAUGCGGAAGAAGAAAGUCAAAAACGUGAAGCCUGGGGUUGCAUACAUCCAUAAUGACAAGCUGGGCAGGAAGGAGGUCGUAUACAACGUCCCUGUGGACCCACCGACAAAAAAAAGCAAAAACGAGAAAGAGGAGGGCGAGUGGUUCGUGCAAGUGCCAGAGUUGGACGCGCAUUGUUGGAAAACGAUGGAGUCGCUGACAGACAACGAGAAGUGCCGCGUCCUGAAGAAGGUGCUCGCUUGCCAGGUGGUUUGGGUACAGACCGGCUCCCCAGCGUUGGCGAAGCUCGGAAAGCUGAGCGUCCAGGAGGUGGUGAAUUUGGUGAAGUGCGACCGGGUGCUGAACCUCUCCUUUCUGGCCAGCAUGAACCAUCUUUCUUUGGUCAAGGUGCUGGAAGGGAAGUGGGUGAGGAGGAGUCAACAGAAGAAAAGCUUCCCCGUCGGGAAUAAUUUGUACACGGAAGACGACCGGAUGUACAUACUCUUUAAAGACGACGAUUUGCGGGCCAACACGUCCGUCGUCUACAAGGGGAAACUGCCGACAGGCGCCGCUGCUGCAGUGCGGGUACCACAGAAGGUUACGCAAACGGAUGUGUCCGACGUCCCAUUCAACGCUUGCGACUGGUGGCAUACCUCGCCUGCCCGUCGAGGCAUUGUGUACGGGGACAUGGAACGCAACCCCGCCCAAUUUGUUCAGCUUCUCGAAUCCAUCACCAAGAAGGGGGAGGGUGUCGUCUUCCUCGGGAAGCCACACGCGCGGUCAGUCUGGGAAGUACCGAAGGCAGGACGGCACGUCAUCGCGAUGGAAGGGAACUCCGAGCUCUUGCAAUUUACAAUUGGUCUCGUCAAAAGCGAGGUCAAUUCGGGUGCCCACAAUUGCGAGUUCAUGGUCGUCAACGAGUCUCGCCCUCGCGCGUGGAACAACAAGAUGCACAUGUGGUUCAAGUUGAGUGCGAGGAAGCGGAACAAGAUAUACGACUUCUUGUUCCUGCAAACGCGGCCGAAGAGAGACACUGACGCCGAGUACAUGCGCCGCAAGGACCACAUAUUCACGUUGCUCGACAACUACCACGGCGCCUCCCGCAUGAACGCGAAGACCUUCCUCGAGAGGUUGGAGUCCCUUUACUUCGUGGAGUCAGAGGAGGAGCUGACGUUCGGCAGUUACUCCUCCUUGAUCUCCACGGAAGACGAGGAGACCACAGGCAUCGAGUUCGACGUGACCGCGGACGAGGAGGGCAGCGACACCGAAAGCCUUGACCUGCAGUACGACCAACAUUCCGCGCAGCACGGUACAGGGUCGUCCUUGGCAGGGUUUCGAGGACCGGAAGGUGGGGAGAACGAGGGCGACGAGGCUGGGUGCGGCAAACGAGUCCCGGGGCGACAACAAGACGGCGACGAGGCUGAGGGCGGGUCUCAGGGCGACACCACGACAGCGGAAGACAGCGGCGGGGUGGCGUGGGAGGCCCUCGGGCGUCAGCAGUCUGCCGGUCCCGGUCCGGAAUGCUCGGCACAGUCGGAGGACGUGCCCUGUUCAUCCGCCUGCUCGGUGAUGGCGGCCUUGGUUGCUCUUCGUGCCGGCUCGGUCGAAACGUUCAAGUCCGCCGGGAUCCGAACUUCAAUGCUUGCAGAGCGGACAGAGAGGACGGACGCGCAGAGCUGGUCAGGACCGGGGGUGGCGAGUCGUCAUCCCAAAAUAGACAGCGGUGCGGUGAGGGACAGGACUUCGCCGCCUGCGGGGGAUCGCCAACCGCUUCGGUCGGAGCGAGAAGGUGCAUGUGGAGGGCCCGGCGAGAGGGAGACGACGAAGUUCGCCGGGAUCCGAACUUCUCCAGGCAAGGCGUGUGGAGGGCCCGGCGACAGGGAGACGGCGAAGUUCGCCGGGAUCCGAACUUCUUCAGGCAAGGCGUGUGGAGGGCCCAGCGACAAAGAGUCUGCGAAGUUCGCCGGGAUUCGAACAUCUUCAGGCAAGGGGGGCCAACCAGGGAUAUUGGUGCAGGCGGGAGGGGCUCCGUGCGGCGGGCAGGAAGCGCAUUCAUCGGGAAUCGACACGGGUUCGGGCGAAGUGGCUGCAUUGCAUGCAGGGGAAGAAGGCAGGGUGAUGGGCAAAGAGAAGGAAGUGGAGGAAGGAGACACAAGGGAGGAAUUUGAGGAAGGAAGGGAUGAAGGGGAGGAAGAAGAGGAUGAAGGAGAGGAAGGGGAAGAAACGGAGUUGGCUGGGUUGCUAGGAGGGCAGGAGGGGGGAAAAGGUGAACUCGAUACACGAGACGACGAACGGACUUCCGGCGAUGACGAUGACAGAUCUGGGGAGUCUUCUGACGGAUUCGGGCAGCUGUACGGAGAACACCACGAGGAAGACGAGGACGACGAUGACACGGCACUAGGUACGGAGACACAGGUGGUCACAAGCCUUUCGGCAAAACGUGAUGACUAUGAGGUCCAAGCAAUGGCGUUUGUCGUCGAUCUCCAACACCGGUUCAACGAAGCUCGUGUAGCAGUCAGCCUGACUAAACCGAAUGUGCAUAUUGAAAUUGAAGAAGUUAUCGACGGCAUCCUGGGCGACCACCACAUGUACGCACAGCGGUCCUCGACACCUGGUGUCGACGGCCCUCUUGACGUCAAACCUUCCGGGGGAUCUAUCGUUGAUUUCUCAACGACGAGCUCUCCGAUGCUGCCGCCGACCAUCGCCAGCGGAGGAGAAGGUGGGAUCGGGGGAAGACAAGAUGUCACAUCCCCGAAAAAAACUGCCCCCGGCACUCGAGCUUUCGACGUGCUGGCCUUGCCCGCGCCAACUUCGCCGAUUAAGGAGCGGAGAGACAAACCAGCUGAUAAGCAGUGACAAACGCCACUCUGUCUGCGCGUCAGUGACCGCAAUGUCUGUCAAUGCGCACGAGACAAAA